UUGAACGCCUCCCUGUCUGCAGCUCCCUGUCUGCAGCUCUUGAACACAUCCUGUCUGCAGCUCUCUGUGUUGUGGAUGAACAUGGACACAUGUGCUGUGAACAUCUCAACAAUAGGUUGACUCAGCCGCACCCAUGAUGAACUUUGACGGCCUCGACCCUGGGAUGGGCGAAUACCCACCCAGCCUUCACGGGACGCUGGAGCCGGGUAUGGAGCCCUCCAUGGAUCCGCACCUCAACCCCAGUCUCCUUCAGGGCGUGGAGCUCGACCCAGAGGGGUUGGCUGGGACGGGCCCCGAGACGGUGCACCUCAUGGAGGGGAUGUUCUCCGAGCUGCACAGCGUCGUGUCAGAAGUCGGCGUCCCAGUCACUGCAACGCAUUUCGACCUGCAGGAGGAAAUGCUCUGGAUGGGAAACCACAGAGGCCAUGCAAGCUCGUUCUUUGGACCGACAAUGGGCCGUUAUUCUUCUUUUCAAGCGCACUCCACAGAUGACAUCCGACAAAUUCAGAGUUUGGAAACGGGCGUGCUGUUCCUCUCCAAGAACAACCUGAAAUGCCACACUCGGGGGGGCCUUGUCAUGUUUGAUUACCCGAUGGACGAAGGAGCUGAUAUGCAUAGUCUCCUCAUGACUGACAACAACAUGAUGAUCAUGGGCGGAUUGCAAAACUAUGUGAUUGAAGUUGACUUGAAUACUGUUCAAGAAACUCAAAAGUUCACGGUUGAGGUACCAGGACUUGCAAUAAUGCGUCAGACCAGUCGUUUCUUCUUCUGCGGUCACACUUCUGGGAAGAUAACUCUUCGAGACCUGCGCACUUUCAAGACGGAGCACGAGUUCGACGCGUUCUCGGGCAGCCUCUCGGACUUUGACGUUCACGGGAACCUUCUGGCUGCGUGCGGAUUCUCCAGCCGAGGAAUGAAUGGUUUGGCAUGCGACCGGUUUCUCAUGGUGUAUGACCUCCGCAUGAUGAGAGCCGUGACUCCACUGCAGGUGCAUGUGGACCCCCUGUUCUUGCGCUUCAUUCCUACCUACACGUCGCGUCUGGCAAUCAUCUCGCAGACAGGUCAGUGCCAGUUCUGUGAACCCACUGGUCUUGCCAACAUGGCUGACAUUUUCCACGUGAACACGGUGGGGCAGCUGCUCAUGAGCUUUGACGUCUCAGCCAGCAAACAAGCCUUGUCCUUUGGGGACUCUGGGGGGUGUGUGCAUCUGUGGUCUGACGCUCCUGAAGUGUCCUUCAAUGAUUACUCCCGGGAGACGGAGUUUGCUCUGCCGUGCCUCGUGGACACGCUGCCUCAGCUGGACUGGAACCACGACCUGCUGCCCAUCUCGCUCAUCCCCAUGCCGCUGACCAGCACUGAGGCGCUGCUGUCGGACUGGUCUGCUGCCCUGGCUGCACCUAGUCCCAGACGAGCUCCGCCCGUGGACCCAGAGAUCCUGCGCACAAUGAAAACCGUUGGGUUCAUCGGUUACGCAGCAAAUCCUCGCACCCGCCCUCGCAACCAGGUUCCGUACAAAAUCAAAGAUGUGGAGCUCGACUAUGAUAAUUACAAUCAGGUCCCUGAAUCCCCCAUUGGGCGCGAUGAAGAGCCACACCUCUACAUGGUGCCCAAAAAGUACAGAAAGGUCACAAUUAAAUACUCAAAACUCGGACUGGAGGACUUUGACUUCAAACAUUACAACAGAACCUUGUUCGCCGGCCUGGAGCCUCACAUCCCCAAUGCUUACUGCAACUGCAUGAUCCAGGUUUUAUAUUUCCUGGAACCAAUCCGGUAUCUGGUGCAGAAUCAUUUGUGCCAGAAGGAGUUUUGUUUGGCCUGUGAGCUCGGCUUCCUCUUCCACAUGUUGGAUUUGUCACGAGGAGAUCCCUGUCAGGCCAGUAACUUCCUCCGAGCGUUUCGCACCAUCCCUGAAGCCUCGGCGCUGGGCCUCAUCCUCGCAGACUCGGACGAGCAAACGGGGAAAGCCCGACUCGGUCGCUUGAUCCAAAGCUGGAACCGCUUCAUCCUCACCCAGCUGCACCAGGAGACGCAGGAGCAGGAGGGUCCGCAGGCCUACAGGGGAGCCAGCAGCAGUUCUCUGGGCUCCUCUGGUGAGUCUGUCAUUGGAAAGCUGUUUGGAUGUGAAGUGGAGAACAGCAGCCUGUGUCGCUGUGGCAAGGAGACGGUCCGCUCCUCCCUCACGCUGCUCUUCACCAUGCACUAUCCUGAGCACAACUCCCAGGAAAAGUCAAUAAAGGAGUAUGAAUUCUCCGAGAUCCUGAAGAAGAGCAUCUGUCUGGAGCAGAGCACUCAGGCGUGGUGUGAAAACUGUGAGAAGUACCAGCCCACAGUGCAAACACGAAACAUUCGCUGUCUCCCAGACGUCCUGGUGAUAAACUGUGAGGUGAACAGCGCCAAAGAGGCUGAAUUCUGGAAGGUUCAGGCGGAGUUUGCCUUCAACAAGGUGAUGCAGAAAGAGGCGAUGGAACCUCCUAAACCCAAAGAGCCCCCACCGAUGCCCACUGAGUGGUGCUUAGAUGGGGAGGACAUGUGCAACAUGGAGGGCUUCCCCGUCGACACUCGGGCGGAGGAUCUGCGACAUGUCUGGAUCCCCCCCACUCUCAAAAUGUCCAUCAGCAAAAGUCAGGGGCUGGAGAUCAGCAGCUGGCCUGAGGCAGAGGAGUUAACCACUGAAGAAGAGGAGGAGGGCGCUUCUUUAUUUGACUUGGUGGUCACGGUGCCCCACAUCCUGGACGCUCGCACGGGUGGGAACCUGAUAGCACACAUCAAAGUGGGAGAGACGUACCAUCAAAGAAAAGAGGGAGUCACUCACCAGCAGUGGUACCUCUUCAACGAUUUCCUAAUCGAGCCCAUUGAUAAGGCUGAAGCUGCACAGUUUGACUUGAGCUGGAAGGUGCCGGCCAUUCUUUACUAUGCCAGGAGGAACUACCACACCAAAUACGACCUCCGCAUUAAAAAUCCCAUCGACGCGAGCGUGCUGCUGACAGAAGCGUCACUGGCUCGCAAGCAGAGGAAGAGUCACGCCACCUUCAUCCCGCUCAUGGUCAGUGAGAUGCCACAGGCUGGAGACCUGGUGGGGCUGGACGCCGAGUUCGUCACACUCAAUCAGGAAGAGGCAGAACUGCGCAGUGACGGCACCAAGUCGACCAUCAAGCCCAGUCAGAUGUCCGUGGCCAGAAUCACCUGUGUGAGGGGUCAGGGGGCCAACGAGGGCGUCCCCUUCAUCGACGACUACAUCUCCACUCAGGAGCAGGAUACACUCGACCAAAGCGCUGUGCAGGGAGGACACCGUCUCCCUUCACUUCCUCUAUUCUGUUGCCUUCAUUGGAACGGCAGCGUGUCCUUUUCAGCGUCGACGAUCAGCUCACAGGUGGUCGACUACCUGACUCAAUACUCGGGCAUAAAACCAGGAGACCUGGACGCAAAGAUCUCCUCGAAGCAUUUGACGACUCUGAAGUCCACCUACCUGAAGCUGCGCUUCCUCAUCGACACGGGAGUUCGCUUCGUCGGUCACGGCUUACAGAAGGACUUCAGGGUCAUUAACCUAUUGGUUCUCAAAGACCAAGUCGUCGACACCGUCCACCUGUUCCAUCUGCCCCGCAAGAGGAUGAUUUCUCUGAGAUUCCUCGCCUGGUACUUUCUAGAACUCAACAUCCAGGGUGAGACUCACGACAGCAUAGAAGACGCUCGCACCGCUCUGCAGCUGUACAGGAAGCACCUGGAGCUGAGUCGCGCAGGCGGGAACGACGAAGUGAGGAAGGUGCUGAAGGGACUCUACGAGAAAGGUCGCCAGCAGGACUGGAAAGUCCCGGACGCAGACACAGGAGAUGGUCAAGGUAGCCCAAAAAGUGCUGCUGUGUUUCCCUCUGUGAUGGGGCUGUGAGCUGCUCCGUUCCUCCUGCACACGGUUCAAUCUCUACUUGAUCAGUUCAUGUUCAGUUUUGUACUUGUUUGCAUUUAUUCUUGCAGAGUGUGUGUGUGUGUUUUCUGCAAAGUUCACUGCAGCUCGGCGGCCGCGCAUUUUUUUUUAUCAGUCAACAUUUGUACUUUUCAUUUAGGGGUUUUCGGAAAAAGUAAAUGUGUAUUUUGACUUCGGAGCCUUUUAAAAGAAAAAAAGUGUUCUGGUGAAUGUAAAUAAUUAAAAGCAUUGUGAGCACUGGAA